ACGUGACGUACCGAUGAUGUCGUGUUGGAGGCGUUGGCCGGUGUCAAUGUGUGCUCCGCAGAAGAAGAACACCGUCCUCUGAAAGAAUCCUUCAGAGUAAUCGGAGUGAACUACUUUGAAACUUAACCUAUCUUUUGUUUGUAUUCGUACUACCACUACGUUAUUUGAAGUUAUCAAAAUGAUAAAGAACGGGCACCACGCCGCGGAGGAGCAGCGGGAGGAGGACUCAGUUUGCGGUACACCGGGUGGCUCUGCUUGCAGCCCGGAGAAAAGGAAGCGCGUCGUCCGGUUAUGGUGUGACGGCUGUUAUGACAUGGUUCACUACGGUCACUCCAACCAGCUGCGGCAGGCCAAAGCCAUGGGAGACUACCUCAUAGUCGGAGUGCACACAGAUGCUGAGAUUUCAAAGCACAAGGGUCCUCCGGUCUUCACUCAGGAAGAACGCUACAAGAUGGUACGGGCCAUCAAGUGGGUGGAUGAGAUCGUAGAAGGAGCGCCCUACGUCACCACGCUGGAGACCCUCGACAAGUACAACUGUGACUCCUGUGUGCACGGAGAUGACAUAACGCUGACGGUAGACGGUAAGGACACGUAUGCAGAGGUGAAACGUUUAGGCCGCUACCGGGAAUGUAGACGCACACAGGGGGUCUCCACCACAGACCUGGUGGGGCGGAUGCUUCUCAUGACCAAAACCCAUCACAGCAACAUGGAUAACCCAGAUUACCAGCAGCACACAGACAACUUUGGGAAAGGUCCUAAAGGCCACAGUCCCUGGACAGGAGUGUCUCAGUUCCUCCAGACAUCCCAGAAGAUCAUCCAGUUUGCCUCAGGAAAGGAGCCUCAGCCCGGAGACACCAUCAUCUACGUGGCCGGGGCAUUCGACCUCUUCCACAUUGGUCAUGUUGACUUCUUAGAGAUGGUCUAUAAGCAGGCAGAGAGGCCCUACGUCAUCGUGGGUCUACACUUUGACCAGGAGGUGAAUCGGUACAAGGGGAAGAACUAUCCAAUCAUGAACAUCCAUGAGAGGACGCUGAGUGUCCUGGCCUGUCGGUAUGUCUCGGAGGUGGUGAUUGGUGCUCCCUAUGCAGUGGGCAAAGAUCUGCUGGAUCACUUUAGGGUGGACCUGGUGUGUCAUGGCAAGACGGAGGUGUUUCCUGACAAGGACACGUCAGACCCCUACGCCGAGCCUAAGAAGAGGGGGGUCUUCAGGGCAGUCGACAGCGCGAACAAUCUCACCACUGAUGACAUCGUCCAGAGAAUAAUUGCAAACAGGCUGCAGUUUGAAGCCAGGAACCAGAAGAAGGAGGCCAAGGAGAUGGCAGUGAUCGAGGCGAUGAACAGGAAAGAGCAGGAUCAGAGUGAAGGUGCAGCCCAGACCGCUCACCUAGUGGCACCUCAGACCUGCUUCUGUGUGUGGUUCCACUCGUCGCGGUACACUCAGGCUUUAAGACUCAACUGACCCAGGGAGCACAGCCACUGGGUGAAGAAUCCUGCAUUAAAUAUCUGUUGUGGCAGUGUGUCGUGCACGCUGCUGAGUUAGCUCCUCUCAACCUUCUUCUAUUACUUCUCCAGCCUAAUGCGAUUAAAAUAGAUCUGCCUCCACAAGAAAUCAAAGAAUCCAAACCAACCUUCAAAAUCUAUUUUAACCUCUCGUCCUCCACAGAGAAUGUUUUAAUGUGUGUCUUCUUCUGUCAUGUUUUGUCUUCGUCCAUGAAUUCACACACUGUUCCUGUAAAGGUGUAUAAGUGAUAUGUUGGGUUUGUAAUAAGCUAUAACUUAAAUGUUUUUAGAUUUUAAACCAUGUUUGUUUUAAAGAUCGUUAUUAGAAGUGGCAUCUUUUACAUUGAAUGUAGUAAAAUAAAAUGUAUACACUGGGUAAAAAAAUAUAUAUUUAGAAGUCACUAUGUUUUUGUCCAUACUGAAAAAACAUUAUUUCAAUGUCGAAUUAUCCGUGGAGCAGUCUUUUUAAUUUCAGUUGUGGAUUUAACUACCUGACUUUGCACCCAGCUAGUGUGUGUGUGUGUGUGUUUUUAUGUUUGAGCGAUUGAGUAGAGUGAAGAUAGUGAGUGAGCGUUUGCACUGUAACUGACAGUAAUGUCGUGCCUCAUUCCUAACGGUAUAACUAAUUUAAGAUCUGUGAAUUGCACCAAAAAUGUAAACUCUGUCUCUGACCUUCUCAACUCUAAAAAAAUGUUCUGCAAAUCUAUUAUGUUUUCUCCUCUUUCACCAGAGAAUCCAAUAACGUUCACAUUUGGACCUAGUCUCACUUUCAAACUGCUUCUGUAGAAGUUUACAGUCUUUUGAUUUUCCUGUUAUUAUGGGGCAUAUUACUCUGAGGUGAAUUGUUAAAGGUGCGAGACAAUUUGUGUUUUAUAAAUAUGUUUCUAAAUAUCAAUCACUAAAUUGCAACUUGUAAAUGUCCCUUUUAAUAAAUAAAUUGGAAAUAUUGU